AUGGACCCCCAUGUGGUUGGUGUGCUAGGGGGCGGACAGCUGGGUCGGAUGCUGGUAGAGGCUGCCCACAGACUAAACAUUCAGGUCGCUAUUCUCGACGGUGAGAAUGCACCGGCCAAACAAAUCAACCGAAGCGACAAGCACGUCACUGGUUCCUUCGCCAACGCGGCUGACGUCAAGGCCCUGGCAGCCAACUGCGAUGUCUUGACCUAUGAAAUUGAACAUGUCGACACAAAAGUCCUCGAAGAGCUUGAUGAGGAGCAGCCCUAUCUCGAGGGGACCAAGUGGUCACGCAUUCAGCCUGCCUGGAAGACUGUUCGUACCAUUCAGGACAAAUUCGCCCAGAAGCAGCACUUUGCCAAGUUUGGCAUUGCAACCGCCAAAUCUCUUGCAGUUGGCACUUCUCACCCACAAGGUCUGAAAGAGAUCGCGGAUCAAAUUGGAUAUCCAUUCAUGCUGAAGUCUCGGACCGAGGCCUACGAUGGACGGGGAAAUUAUCCGGUCAAUUCAGUAUCAGAGAUUGAGUCGGCCUUGGCUGCCCUGAACAACCGACCACUCUAUGCAGAGCAAUGGGCAGACUUCCAAAUGGAGCUAGCUGUUAUGGUCAUCAAGAAAAGGCAGGAUGCCUCGGUGGAAUCAUGGGAGUUGGCAACAAUCGCAUAUCCUGCUGCUGAAACCAUCCAUGAGGACAGCAUCUGCAAGUUGGUUUAUGUGCCCGCUCGCGGCAUCUCGGCGGAAGUGGCCAAAGCAGCGCAAGAUCUGGCACGGCGUGCAGUUUCCACCUUUUCCGGCACCGGAGUUUUUGGUGUGGAACUAUUCCUGCUCAAGGACAAUAGCUUAGUGAUCAAUGAGAUCGCACCUCGCCCACAUAACUCUGGUCACUAUACCAUCGAAGCCUGCCAGAUGUCUCAGUACGAGGCACAGAUUCGCGCGAUCCUACCCGAUUUAGCAGAAAGAUUUCCCAAUGGCUGCACCGACCUCCUGGCGCCCGCAGCUGUGAUGCUUAAUAUAUUGGGCGGGCCCGAGCCACAGUCUCACCUCUUGAUCGCCGAUGCCGCUCUCGAUAUUGCUGGGGCCAAGGUGCACCUCUACGGAAAAGGGGAUGGUCGCCCCGGUCGGAAAAUGGGACACAUCACACUGCUCGGAUCAUCUAUGUCGGAGUGCACAACCAAGAUGCACUCACUGAUUCAGCUGGCGGAUGCUACACGGGCCCACCGAACGGGCACAUCUGGGACGUCUGCAGCUGACAUCACCAAGACCGCCUGCACACUCCAAAAAGCCAACCCGGCUCCUGCACCGAGCUCUGUGAUUGCUGUUGUGAUGGGCUCUGAUACAGAUCUGGCCACAUUGAAACCCGGUCUUACGCUCUUGGAUGAAAUGGAUAUCCCUUACGAGGUGACCAUCACGUCCGCACAUCGUACACCGCAAUAUAUGCUCGACUUUGGCAAGGCCGCAGCUGGUCGGGGACUAAAAGCUAUCAUCGCUGCGGCUGGGGGCGCGGCUCAUCUGCCCGGUAUGAUGGCCUCCGUCACCCCGGUUCCUGUGAUCGGAGUCCCUGUCAAAGCUAGCAGCUUGGAUGGUCUUGAUAGCUUGCUCAGCAUCGUACAAAUGCCACGUGGUAUCCCCGUGGCAACGGUCAGUAUCGGGAAUAGUGUCAACGCUGCACUCCUGGCCGCUCGGAUUGUAGGCACAAGCGAGAAGCGAGUAGAAAGCUGGGUCCAGCAACAUCUACAAAAGAUGGAUGACGAAAAUAUGGCUAAGGGAGAACGGCUGAGCAGGGAGGGCUGGAAGGUGUAUAAGAAACUGGAUGCCUAA